ACGGUGGAAAAAUCGAUAAACGAUUCUUUCGGCUCGGAAAACUGCUGCAGACAAGUCCAGUCCAGUCUGGUCAGGUGGCCGAAAAUUUAAAGACGCUUUCUUGGAGAUUUUAGCUUGGUGAUUGUUAGUGGAAUUGAAAAUUUAGUUUCGGCAGUGAUCUCGACAGAAUAAACUAAUCUUGGUUGAGUGUUGCAGGAAACUUUUGAGAGGGUUUUGAAAAAGUGCUCCCCCGUUUUGAAUAUCAAUUGAAUCUUUUCGGGACAAGCGUGUUCGCUACACAAGACUUUCUGGCUGUUGAAUAAAUCACGAAAUAGACUAAGGCGCAAAAUAUCACAAUCAGGGAUUCAAGGAGCUAUUAUAUCGAAAAUCCCAAAACAUAUUGUCCGGCGGCGAAAUUUUUCUUCUUUGGAUCCGCACAAAAAUGCAUCUGUCAAGAUCGAUAUCGUCAUUGCCGUUGUUAGCCGUCGCGUAAAUCGUUCGUACAUUUUCUGCAAAACAUCGCUCUUGCUAUAGUGUAUGAGUCAUCAUAACAUUGUGCUGCGGAAAGGGGAAAAGUGAAACGACCAAAACAAGUGCAUCAACAACAAGAGUGUAAAAGUCCCUCGUAUGGGUGUUUGAGUGACUGCAUCGAACGAAUUUAUUUUCCGUGCAUCGACACAUUGCGUUUCUGUCUGGGCACUAGGCGGCUGCAAAACAAGAUCAAAACAAACAAACGAGAAACCGAACGGCGUUGUUGUUCCGUUGAUCCAGUUUGUUGCUGCUGGGCAUUUGCCUAUAUUUAAACCCACCCCGGAUUACAACUAACAGACAAAAUUUUUACCAGCAGUAGAAACCCGAAGAUGCGGGCGCUCGGCAUAGCGCAGCCAAACAACCAUCACCAGACGGCCCUCGAUGGCGGGGGCGGCCACGGUCUGCUGGGAACCUCCCCCGGCAAGGGACUCAUCGACGGAGGCACCAUAACGCUGCCGAAGCCACUGCUCGGUGGCGCCCUCGGAACCGGAACUGCUACAGCAGGAGGUAAUGGCGGCACCGGAGGUUGCAACGAAUCUAGUGCCCAGGACACUAUCUAUCUGUGCAAUUUUCGCGUGUCCGUCGAUGGCGAGUGGCUCUGCCUCAAGGAGCUGCAGGAUCUGGACAUAAAGGAGAGCACCGGAACCGGGGACGGGACCAGUUCCGGCAAUGGCGGCCACAGCAAUUCGGGCGGCACCGGAAGCUCCGCCGGCAACGGUGACGGUGAUGGCUCGCUCAAUACUUUCGGUAUCAUUGAGAACGUUAAGUGCGAAGAGAAGAUUAUCGAGCGCGAUUGGGUUAACUUCUACUCUCGGGAUCCGGCUUCAAUCGAGCGGAGCAAUUUGGUCAACAUUUGCAAAUUGGUGGUGAAGGAAUUACUGGAACAGUCGAUCCGUUUCGGCCGAAUGCUUGACUCGGACCAUCUGCCAUUGCAGCACUUUUUCAUCAUUCUGGAACACGUCCUGAGGCAUGGACUGCGGCCAAAAAAAGGUCUUCUGGGACCCAAGAAAGAACUCUGGGACAUCCUCCAGAGUGUGGAACGAUACUGCGGCGAGGCUCAAGACAUUACCUCAUCGGUGCGGGAUCUUCCCACGGUUCGUACCCACAUGGGCCGGGCCAGGGCCUGGCUACGAUUGGCGUUGAUGCAAAAGAAGCUUGCCGAUUACCUGCAGGUUCUCAUCGAGCACCGAGAAGACACCCUAGCCGAAUACUACGAACCACAUGCCCUCAUGAUGAGCGAUGAGGUCAUCAUCAUCAUCGGCAUUCUUGUAGGAUUGAACGUAAUCGAUUGCAACCUUUGCGUUAAAGAGGAAGAUCUGGACUCCCAGCAGGGUGUCAUCGAUUUCUCGCUCUAUCUUCGGUCCAGUUCCCGCAGCAGUCCCGACGAUGAAAACACCAAUGGCGGAGGAGGAGGCAACAGCUCUCUCCACGCCAUCGAGGGUGAAGCCAGCGGCGCCAUGACAGCCGUUCUAGAUCAGAAGAACUACAUCGAAGAACUGAACCGGCACCUCAACGCAACGGUAGCUAACCUGCAGGCCAAGGUCGAGGGUCUGACCACGACUAACGCGCUGAUGAAGGAGGAUUUAGCGAUUGCGCGGAACAGUUUGCUGGCCCUUCAGGCCGAAAAUGCAGCGCUCAGGAGGGCAUCCCAGCAUGGGCAACCGCUGGACGACAAGGCAAACGUGCUGGACCGGUUUGAUCCGGAAAUGGCCGAGGCGCUAGCCGAGGAACGCAAGAAGCGACAGGAAAUCGAGAAGGAGCUGGAUCUACAGGUUUCACUGAAGGCGGAAACGGAAAUGGCCAUGAAGCUGCUGGAAAAGGAUAUUCACGAAAAACAGGACACGAUCGUUUCGUUACGCCGCCAGCUGGAGGAUAUCAAGUCCAUCAACCUGGACAUGUACCGCAAACUUCAGGAAUGCGAAGAGGAGCUCACCCAGAAGGGCGAAAUGGUGACGCGGCUGCAGGUGAAGGCAUCCCAAAUCGGGAAAAUUCUGUCAAACUUGGAAAAGAAGGGUCACGAUGCGAUGACCGAUUCCCAGAUCAACGCCAUUGCUUCGAUCAGUGGAACGAGCAGCCCGGGUGGCAGCGCCUCCGGACCUCCAACUAAGAAAGCACAUCUCAAAAUUGGCACAAUUCCUCCCUUCAACGCAAAUAAAAUAAGGAAAUCACCUUCCGUGGGAACGACAGCCGGAUCAGCAUCGGCUUCUGCGAAUGACCCCUCAAAGACUGCUACCAAAUCGGCCACCGGGGCCACUAGCGAUGCCAGGAAGUGUCCGAGCGCUUCCUCGCCCGUUGCAGAAGCGAGCGAAGCUAAAUAAUCCAAACCGGCGUAAUUCUUGAAUUUCAGCUCACCACGGAUGAACCGCAACGUUCCAAAAUUGUUUGGGCCCAGAACGAAAAGAUUGAAAAGAUAUGAUCUAAUAUUUUUGUAGUCUCUAUUUACUAAUAAGUUUCAUUAGUUUUAAAACCAGAACUUAAAUACAACAAAAACCCAUACCUAAAUGUUUAACGGUCGCCAUAUAUACUGAAACGGUUAACCGUGCGUAAGUGACUAAAUUUGCUUUCUCAUCCUUCGAUGAUCAUCUCAACUUAUACAACGUUCGGAACCAUCACCAGGAAUGCGAGGCAUCGUUGAAGCACAAAUCCGAGCUGAUGACUCGAAUGGAAACCCAGCGCGAAUCGAUGGCCAAUGCCAUUGCGCAGCUGGAGAAAAAGUAGGUUACUUCUUUGCUUUCCAUGAAAAAAACAUAAAUUAUUAAUAAAUCUACAAGUGUUACUAUUGCUUAGUUGUUGAAAAAAGAACGACUUUUGAUUGCAUAGUUUUAAGAUAUUUUGUUUUCCGACCCGCAAAAAAGGGGUACGCUUUUCAUAGGUUUAAGCUUAAACAACAUUUGUUAGGCUUUAUACUACUUAACCCUUGUCUCCUCUUUUAUCUUAAAGAAAGAUAAAAUGAAAAACAUGGGUUAAAACUCUUCGGUACGUUUCAUUAGCACGUAUAAUUCCAUGGCUUCAAAGAUCGGUUGUUUGUAAAUAAUUAUAGGUAUACAUCAGCCCAUUAAAUGCAUUAUAGUGGAAUUAAAAAUACAAUUGAAGUAUUGAACGAUACUGAAUAAAGCUCCUGUUCUCAAGCUAUCUA